CCUCUAGCGGGGUAAGACGUGCAACACAGCUCUCUUACUCACUCACACUCACUCACACGCACUCACUCACUCACUCCCACACUUUAUCUGUAUCUCACUCACGGUAUCCGGCAGAUGAGUGUCUCGACCGGCUGUCUCGCGGUUUCCUGUGGUGCGGGAGUCAACUUAGUGUGAAAUUUGAGUGUUAAUGCUGAACUACUUGCUCGGCCUGGGCACCCAUGGUCGACCAUACUGAGAGGCGGCAGAUUAUGACACGCCACUGUAUGACACACGUGGCUAUGACUGGUGCAUGACAGUUGCCUCAGGAUGGGAGCAGUGAGCUGUCAUGCGGGUGGUGGACGUGGCGUGACAACUACUGUCAUAACGAGAGCAGUGACAAUGUGUAAGGAGAUGCACCACUGCUACCACGUCUGACAGUGAAACAACGGUGAACAGUUUAAGUAAUUUAACAGAAUAUAAGACGUAAUAAGAAAAGUGUGGCUUAAUAACAGUGAAAUUAAUGAAUUGUGUCAAAUCUUGGAAGACAUUGAGAGUGUGACGUCAUUAAACAUAGUGAUGUAAAGUUUUCUUAUCUCUUAGUAAGAAUUAUUAACAAUUCCUGGAGGGAUUUAAGGUUUUUAUGGUGUACUUGAGUGUUUACUGGGUACUCGUGAAGCACUUUUAGACGGUUUAAGAUGUAAUAAUAAUUGGUGUAGUUACCCUUGAAAAAUGUUUCGUUUUCUAAACAGAUUAAUGAAAAAGUAUGGCAAGAUUAUUCUUUACAGUGAUGCUUCAGACGUGAUAUAACUCUUAAAAUGGAUAACACUUCAGGUUCAAGGGUCAAUUAUGGGUUACGGGGCAACAUAGAGUCAGAAGUGCCUCCCGGAGAAGAUCUAUUGACCUCGGCAACGACGGAGAUGGUUCUGAAGGAAUUCCUGUCGUCAGUGGGCAGGAGUAUGGCCGGACCUCAGCCGUCACGCACUGAGUAUGUCAACCUCACGGCCAUUAAGAUCAAAUAUGACGCCCUGGCUGCCCUCACUUCCACGCCGCCCACGCCCCUCCUCUCACUCUGCCUACCCGACACCCCUGACCUCCUGGCCAUGGGCGUGUGGAGCGCCUGGGCGUGGGUAAUGAUAACGGUGUUGUUGUGCCGCAGUUUAUGUACCCGCACCCCACCUUUCACCACGCCCAUACUCCUUCACGCCCACGUUCUCCGCACUCUUACACUGCUGGUCCUCACUCUGGUCCACGUAGCCGCAUGCGGGGAGGCGGGGCUGAGGUACUGGAGGUCCGCAUCACCGCACAUACUACUGGUGCCUGCCGCAGCUGCCGCCCUCUCCACCACCCUCAUCACCGCCGUGUUCUACCAUACUAUAGAGUGCUGGCGCUGUCCUGCCUAUAUCGUGGUGACGGUGGGCGUGUGGGCGUGUGGGGCGGGUGUGGGUGUGGUGAGAGUGCGGCAGAUAGUGGGCGUAGGCGUGCCAGAGUGGGCGGUGUACCCUGGGGUGGUGGUGGGCGGCCUAGUACUCACUGGCAUCAUGUUUAUCAUCGACCUGUGGACAUUACUGCGCUGGACAUACCGUCAACGACAUUCAGAAGUGCUGGAGAUCACCCCGGGAGCUGAGGAGGUGGGCGCGGGCGGCAUAGGAGGCACGGGGGGCGUGGGUAGCGCGGGUGUUACCUAUCGCCACCCAUUGGUAGGUCUGGCCACCCGUGCGACCUUCGCCUGGUUCCUGAAUGUGCUGAGGCUGGGCUGGCGGCGACCUCUGGAGUUCUCUGACUUCGGCAAGUUACCGAGGGAGGAGGAGGCUCGAUACCAGUACGACAGGUUCUUUAAGCAGUACCAGAGAGCUCAGGUCAACUCAAGCACUCCAGGUCAAGUAGGGUGGGAGGUCAGGUCACCGUCACUGUGGAAGGUGUUUGCCAGCAUCUACUGGAGGGAGAUGCUGGCUGGUGGAGUCUUUAAACUACUGGGUGAUGGAGUGAACGUCGUGGGCCCUCUUGCUAUUGGUCUCAUUGUCACCUACGUCACGCAGGUCCAGGAUGGCACUUUAGUUCAUCACGGUGUAGUGGUCAGCGAGCUGUACUACGUGGGGUGGAAGGAGGUGUUGAGGAACGGCUGGGUGGUAGCAGUGGUGGCCCUUGUAGCUGCCUUAGCACAGUCCACCUUCAGUCAGGCCUCUUCACACCUCGUGGCCAUGGAGGGUAUCCACGUGAAGGCCGCCCUCCAGGCCAUGAUCUACCGCAAGUCCCUCCGGUUAUCGAGUAGGACCUUGGCUGAAGAUCCCCCUGCGGCCACUGAGUCAACCACUACCGACGGGAACCCCAAAGCAGGUGUGAAGGUGUCAGGGGGCGGGACCAGAGGGAGUGUGGACGCCGGCAGUGUCAUUAACCUGAGCUCUGAGGACGCUGACAACCUUAUGACUUUCUUCAUGCACUGCCACUACAUCUGGGCCAUCCCUCUCAAGGUGAGCGUGAUCAUGGUGUUGCUGUGGGUACAAUUGGGCAUAUCUGCCGUGAUCGCUGCCGUGGUGGGGAUCCUGGUGUUGACGCCCCUCCAGUGUCUACUGUGUAAGAAGAUUGGUGCGGUGAAUAAGAAUUUUCUGGACGUGAGUGAUGACCGGCUUCGUCAGACACACGAACUAGUGACGGGGGUGAAGCUGGUGAAGGUGCAUGCCUGGGAGGACGUGUUCAUUAAGCGCAUCACCGCCGUCAGACACAAGGAACUCAAGCUCCUCCAACACGACUCUAUACUCAGAGCCCUUAUGACCUUCCUGACGCAGGGGUCGGGUGUGAUCGUGUGUUUGGUCACCUUCGGCCUCUAUUCGUGGCUAGAGUCGGCGGCACUAGAGCCAGCCAGGGUCUUCUCCGGCUUGGCACUCUUCAACCAGCUCACAGUGCCACUCUUCAUUCUCCCCAUCAUCGUCUCACACACCAUCACGGCCAUGAACAGCACACGACGCCUUCAGAAAUUCUUCAGUUCCCCGGAAGUAGAAGGACCUAAGACUCCAAAGACUCCUAUCACGUUGAGGAUCCCCCGAGGAGGAGGAGGAGGAGGAGGUCAGACUUCCCUAGGAGCCAAGCUGAACCUCAAGGAAAAUAAGUUACUGGAUGACAACAAGACGGUCAGGUUGUCUCAGGUCACCGAGGAGAGCAGGCCUACAUCAACGUGUUCGAUGGCGUCAACAGAAUCCAAGACCUCAAGCUCGACUUCAGCCAAGGAGAAGGUCGACCUCAACUCCUCCACCCUCAACAGCGACUCAGAGGAGGAGCUGGAGUUUGAGGGAUGGAAGAAGAGGAAGAAUGGUGGCGUCCGGAUGACAUCAGAGGAGCGUGAGGUGGCCGUGAGCAUACAGAGCGGCACCUUCACCUGGGAGCAUCGUGGCCACCUGACCGUCCUUGAGAAUAUCACGACCGAGAUGGCCACAGGAGGGCUGACGGUGGUGGUGGGAGGCGUCGGGGCAGGCAAGACCUCCCUCCUGCUGGCGCUGCUGGGGGAGAUGCAUACACUGAGAGGACAGCUACGGUGGACAGGGGAGAUGUCCGUGGCGUACGUGUCUCAACAUCCGUGGCUCAUGAACUCAACCCUGAAGGACAAUGUUGUGUUCGGCCGACGACUACUGAUGCGGCGGUAUCAGAGAGUCCUACAAGCCUGUGCCCUCACCCCUGACAUUGAGAUCCUUCCUGCAGGAGACCAGACGGAGAUAGGAGAGAGAGGCAUCAAUCUCUCAGGGGGACAGAGACAGAGGGUAGCCAUAGCCCGGGCACUGUACUCUAACGCCCGCACUGUAAUACUGGAUGCCCCCUUCUCCGCCCUGGACGUCGGGGUCAGCACUCAGGUGUGGGAGGAAGGUAUCCGUCAGCUUCUCCUGCGCCGCCGAAGGACUGUUAUCCUCGCUACCCACCUCACACACCUCACACGCCAGGCUGACAAGAUCAUCUACCUAGAGGGCGGCAGGAUCGUACUUCAAGGGAGUCCUGCGGAGGUGUCCAAGGCGUCCCCAAGGCUGUGGCAGGAGUGGGGGGCCAAGGAGGGCGUGGUGGCUGUAGGAGGGGAGAGCAAAGGACGCCUCGAGGGACGUACUGCCAUGGAGAGGUGGACACUCCUUCGUCUGGUGACCCGCAUCACUAUACAGAGGACCUCAGUGUGUAGAGACGUGAGGAGGGAGAGUGUGGAGGAGAACAAGGAGGAGAACUACGGCCAACAUACUCUCGAUAGUCGACUCAUGAGGCAAUACAGUGUUAACCGCCACGUCUCCCACAAUGCCCUGCUACCUGGUGACGAGUGUGAGUACCUACCAGCACUCACCCCGCCACUCUCUCGUCACUCCUUCCACCACACGCACUCACCCAAACUCCAGCUCUUCAGAAUUAAGUCCAGUGCUCCAGCCUUUGGUCGUAAGUCAUCACAGUUCCAGCGAGCACGACUCCCUCGCCACGCCAAGAGUCUGCCCCCCCAACCACGCCCCCUACCCCGGAUGAGGUCCUCCCCAGCCGUGGUACCUCAGGGGAACAUGCUACACAGGCUCUUCUCCAACGCCUCUAUCAAGACCUCCAAGUGCCCUAGCACCUCGGGAACAGACAAAUGGCACCUCGGCCGUAUCCUCUCCUCCUCCAACAACCUGGGAGACGACUUGGAGGAGGACCUAGAGCUGGAGGAGGAGGUGCCCCUUGAGGAGGAAGUGGAGGACGGGCGCCUGAUGGGGGAGGAGGACAGAGAGAGAGGACGAAUCUCCAAGUGGAACUACAUGGUGUACCUGAAGGCGUGUGGACUCGGUCUCGGCUUGAGCUACCUCUUCUGUGCCUUUGUUGGUCAGGGAGUCUCCGUGGGGCUGGACUUAUGGUUGAAGAACUGGUCGGGUGAGGCCAGGUCCUGGAACACGACGGAACUCAGUAACUGGCAGGCCUUCAGGGACUACCAGACACAGAGGGACGAUGACACCGUCGGCAGGAGGAGGACCUUCAACAUAGACCCUCACGUUCUGCACAUCCGAGAGAGAUACAACGCCUUUAUCGUAGAGACGAUGCACUACUACUACCGCAUCUACGCCAUCCUCUCCGUGGUAUCCAUUCUCUUCUCCCUCUCCACCAAUCUCCUGGGCCAGUUCGCUGCAGCUCGGGGUAGGAAGUGUCUCCACCAGAAUAUGUUGGAGAACCUCAUUCAUUGUCCCAUCAGGUUCUUCGACACCACCCCCGCUGGCAGGAUCAUGAACCGCUUCACCACAGACACCGCCAUGAUUGAUAAGGAGCUGGCCAGGUCGUUGACACAUCUGUUGUUCUUUGUGUUGAUGGUCGCGUCGGCGGUGCUGGUGAACGUGGCCGUCACUCCCUACUUUUUAGCCGCCGCCGUCCCCAUCUGCGCCCUGUACUAUGGCGUUCAAAAGUUCUUCAGGUGUUCCUCAAGAGAGCUGAAGCGCCUGGAGAGCUUGUCACGGUCGCCUCUCUACAGCCACCUGAGCGAGAGUGUCGGCGGGGCGGUGGUGAUCAGAGCUUAUGGGGACCAGCGUAGGUUUACAGACGUCCUCCUUCACCGCCUCGACACACACCUCACAGCCUUCACCCUCCUACAUGCCGGGAACCGCUGGCUGGGGAUAUGUCUGGAUUACAUCGGCGGGUUAAUCGUGUUCUUCGCCACCUCCGCCUCACUCCUCUACUCCACCGUCGCUAGCCACAAGCUCGGUCCCGCUAUGGUCGGUCUGGCCAUCAACUACACGCUGCUGGUGCCCGUCUAUCUCAACUGGGUAGUGAGGUUCUUAGCUGAUACUGAGAUGUGUCUUAAUGCAGUGGAACGCGUCCAACACUACGCCUCCUUACCGCGUGAAGAGAAGACCUGUCGCAGCACCGUUAAUGAGACUGUAGAGACAUUGCCUCACUACCGUCGACGAACCAGCCAGAUGAGUCAUAGAUCCUGGAGGUCUAGGUCAUCGUCUGAGUCAGGGUCAAGUAGGAGGUCAUCAGGGUUACCUCCCGGCUGGCCCUUGGAGGGUAAGGUGGAGUUCCGUGAUGUCACAUUGACUCAUGACCCCAGCCUUGACCCCGUGCUGACCGGCCUCAACUUCACCAUCAAGCCCGGAGAGAAGGUAGGGUUGUGUGGCCGUACAGGUAGCGGGAAGAGCUCAUUAAUCCUGAGUCUGUACCGCUUGGUGGAGGCUCGUCACGGCACCAUCCAGGUAGACGGCACUAACAUACAGCACGUGCCUCUCUCACUGCUCCGUGGCUCUAUCUCAGUCAUCCCGCAGGACACCCACCUCUUCUGCGGCACCCUCAGGUUCAACUUGGACCCAUUAGGACAGCGGCCAGACGAUCACCUGUGGAAGGCGCUGGAGGUGGCCCAGCUCCAGUCACUGGUGUCAGAGAUGCCCGAGGGUUUAGAGACCCAAGUGAGGGAAGGUGGCAGUAAUUUCAGCGCCGGACAACGUCAGCUCUUCUGUGUGGCGAGGGCAGUACUGAGGCGCUCCUCCCUCCUCAUACUCGACGAGGCUACUUCCGCCCUCGACACCUCCACCGAGAAGGCUCUCCACCACGCCCUCCACACCGCCUUCGCCCACGCCACUGUCAUCACUAUAGCACACGGGAUCAGCAGUCUCCUAGAGUAUCCCCGAGUACUCGUCUUAGAAAACGGGAAACUCGUAGAAGAUGGGAAUCCUCGAGAACUUGCCAAGAAUGUAGGUGGAGCGUUCGCCAAACUUCUUGCAAAUGCGAAUGACAACACAAAUGAAGAUGAAUCGAGUAAAAGAAAGAAAAAAUGUAAGGAGAAUGAGAAUAAGACAGACCGAGUAGAAAAUGGAGGAAGAAUACGACUCCAAGAGUAUAAAAGCCAAAAAAAAACAGUAAAUAUCUAAUAAAAACCUGAGAUUAUUUUACCAGUGACUAAUUUAAGUGACGGUUCUAUAAACAAACGACCAUUACACUUUAUUGUGAUAGAGUUAAAACAAAAGACAAAUAAACUGUGAUGUUAUUAUAGUCAUUAUUGAACAAAGUAUCGUAAAAUAAUGAUACGAUACAGAACACUGAAUAAAUAAUUAAGUAAUACCUAGAAAACUUGGAAGGAACUGAACCCGGUGUUAGUGAUAUCGGUAACGCAUUGAAUAGUAUUGUAUAAAUUAUUUGAUGGUACUGAGAAGAGGUAGUGAUUAUUUACAGUUUUUCAAUGAUAAAUUUAUUGGAAAGUAAAACCCACUGACGAACAUACUGUAAGUUGGUGAUGAAUAAAGGUGAAAUAUAUAAGAAAUGAAGUGUAGGACUAUGAAAACUUCUGAGAAAAUAAGUCAGUAAAUCAUUAUUAAUCGUGUACGCUGAUUUGACCUUAUUUGAGUCAAUACAAUGACUUAUGUGAAGGCAAUUGACUUCUACAUUUAAGUACCAGUAUAUUAAAUUAGUCCUAGCAAGUGACAUCCAUUUAUAAGAGUUUGUCCUCAAAUUUAAACAUAGAAAACGAUUUUACAAUAUGUAGUGGUUUUUAUGGGAAACUGAAGUAAAACCAGUGCUUGUAGAACGUGUCCUUUUAAGGUUCUAUGUUCUUUUGUUCCCACUCACACAAAUAAGACCUUUGAAAAGUCCACUGAACCUUGGAAACAUGAGAGCAGAAAGAACCAAUGACUCAUAUCAGAACUAGUGCUUGAUAAAUCUUUCCUUUGAGGUUGUAAGUUCCCGUGAGAACGAAAAAAACUCCAGGGUUCAAACUCUCAACAUAAGAUGGUUACCUGACAGAUGUGAUAGAUAAAAGGAAUGUAUUUAUUGUCUCAUUGUCACGUGUUUCUGUGUAUUCUUGACUUUGUGUUGUACGUUCCUUUGUCAUAUUAGCGUUAGCUGAAAAGUGAUUCCAGAUACCAUCAGUUAAAAUGCACAUUAAACCACCAUCAAUUAUCUAAUGUUUUCGAUAUUGUCAGCUGAAAUACACAUUAAACCAUCCUUUAGCUGAGCUUAAUCUAGAUAAAUCAGCUAAAAUUCACUUUAAACUAAUUUAGCUUUUUUAUCUCGCUCGAGUAAUUUAAAUAAGAUAAGCUGAUACUGCGCUAUAGACCUGCGCAGACUGAGAAUUUAAUGCCCUCUCAGCUCAAAGGUUGUGUCAUUUGAGGGGACAGUUUUUGUGACGCUGAGAAUGAUGUAUGUAAAGCUGUGAAUAUUUUACCUCAUGUAUGUACACGAUUGAACACACACACACACACACACACACACACACACACACACACACGACUCAUUUAAUCAUAAAAAUUUGUAUAUAUAAACCUUAAAAAACAGCAAUGAAUUUAUAUAGCACUACUAAAUGGCUGUAAUUUUCAUUUUUCAUCCAAAUUCCACCUUUUUAUCAUAUAUAUGUAUAAAUCAUAAUUCUAUUUGUAUAUAUAAAUUGUUAAAUGAA